AUGUUUGUUGAUUAUUCUGGCCUGGAGCGUUACACAGAUAUAAAUGCAUCUUUUGGCAAGUUAGUCAACACAUAUUGUUGUUUUCGGCGCUGCGAAUCCAUCAGCGAGCAAUUGGAGAUUCUAAAAAGCCUAGUGCCAAAAUGCUACGAGAUUGCAACACUCUCUGACGAAGACUUCGCCAGUGGCUGUGCUGCUGGACUGACACAGAAACUGUUCGCUAUGGCGAUGACCCUUCGCCAGAUCACAGACUGCAUUGCCAUCUUGCAGAAAUGCGACAGCAUAAUACCCAUCGAGAUCGCUAACCCAGGCAGCUUUGAGAGCGGCGCCGCGACGGCGCCGCUCCGUCAAAGCUAUGCCAGGCUCUUGGAUGACUGGACCCACUACAUGGGGCCGUCAUCGAUAAAGCAAAUGGGAUGGGCUAACCGGCUGCAAUGGAAAUUUCCCUGGCGGCAGUCACGCACUAUCAUCAUCCCCAUGUUGUUCAUUGGCGAAACUGCAAUGAGAACCAGGGAUCUAAGCUCUGUGCUGCAAGAUUGUGAGAUCAGGCACGCGAGCGAAAUGCCGCUGCAGCUACUUUGGACGUCGUCACCGGAAUUGGUGUACGCCACACCGCAGGCUGACGACAACGACAUUUGGUCGCCCUACGAGUCUAACUGCAACAUGCAGAUAGAAGACGAAGAAGAGACUUCGGAAGGGCGACAGCGCAAGUGCGUGGUGCAGUUGGAGGCACUGUUGGGCGCGCUGGCUACUACGGACCCGUUGUUCCAAUGGUAG